AAUUUGCGAUUGGUGUUAUGUGGCAACAAAAACGAAGUUUGGCCUUCGUGCAUCACUUGCUGCUCCUGUUUAAGUCUGAUCAGUGAGCUUUGUGAUCCUGCAUUUAGUGAGAAUUCUGUUCAGUGCUGAGCACUGAUGUAUCUUUCACUGCAAAGACAUGGUAGUUUGUUUGUUCCAUGGUUGGUAACGCUCUGGUGUGAUUGGAUCGAAUGAAACGAUCUUGUGAUGAGCGGAUACUGGUGUUGUUUAUGACUCGUAGUUGGAGCAUUGUUGUCAUUUUUCGUCAGAGUUUGUGUGCAAGUCAUUUGUGUUUUCUAGGGAGUGGCUGAUGGGGAUACCAGGGGAAGAUGAGAUUUGAUGGGGCACAUUCACGAUUUCCUCACUUCCAGCAGUUACAUUUGUGGUUAUAGGGUCGGUUUUGAUUGCCAGAUGCUUCCCUGACGCCACCAAUUAUAGCUUGGAUAGCAACGACGCUCGAGCACGAAAAUCCUAGUCCUAGAGUCGGAUCUCAAAAAUUAAAAUUUCAAGAUUCUUUUAUUGUUGAAUGCCAUGCAAUCGCAGUUUAAUUGCCCUCAUCUUUGUUCUCAGUUGGCAUAGACUUUCGUAAUUAAUUUUAGCUAUUUCAUCCCUGUCAACAUGUACUUGCCGCUGUUGCAUCGCCCACUGGUGCAUGAAGAACAAAGGACUCGAAUCUGCGGAACACGACACACGGAGAACUCGAAUUAGGCAUAUCUUUGUUGAUAAAUCAGAUCAUACCUGGAAGGCAGUUGGUGAAUCGGAUGGGAUAGAAUGGCACACAACGGGUACAGCGUGGUUGCAGCAGACUCGGAAUCAGGCAAACCUUUGUUGAUGAAGCAGCGAUGGAAUGUGGAAUUUAGAUUCCAGAGGCGUCCCUGUUUGAGGAGGAUAUGUUGGGGGGUUUUUCUGAUGCUUCUCGCCUUUGCAGCCAUUAUAGACAAUUCAGAACUUAUUCCCGAAAUUCGAGAUCUCGCGAUUUCAAACCAGUCAGUGCUCAGCCUCCUGGUGUCCUCUGAGAUUCCUUCCCACUGGCAUCAGGAGAUACAACCCGGAAAAACAAUGGCAAGCCUUGAAAUGUAUAUCAAAGAUGUGUUCAGCUUCUACCCCGACGUCCUGGUUCUGAUCCACGUGCCUAAAACCAUCCAGUUUCCAGCCAAGGAGAGAGUUCAAUGCCAAUACGGAGGUGCCACGCAUUUCACUCACAGGAAAGCAUUAGUUGUCAUGCACCUGCUCCAUAAAAAUGAAAUUGCGGUUCUCUGCAGUUCACCACCACAAGAUCUCGUAUGGGUUGUGAAUUCUGUGCUCAUUGAAAUCGAUAAGGGACAAAAAAUUCGCCAUGGGGCUGCCACUCCUGAAUACCAGGAACCAUUGCCGUGGAACUUCAUCAAGGUGGUAUUUGAGGCAUUUGCAAUGGAGAGGGACGUGGUUGUCUUCGUGCAUGGGAUUAAACAUCCUCAGGGGGUUUCUGUCUCGGAGAAUGCUGAACAAGAGCGUCUUAAAAAAUUUCAAUGCAUUUACGGCGGCUACUUUGAAGUCCCUGUAACUGCGCAAUCGCAAGAGGUUUUUCGCUGUGCCCACCCCCCAACAAAUUUGGUCCCUAAAUUCGUAGGGAUGAAGGUAGCAAUUCGGGUUGAGACGAAAAUUCUAGCUUCCGUUGCAUAUUACAGUCCAAUGCACUCUCGUGAAUCUUUCCACACAACAAUGGUCUCAAGGGCCGCUGGGGAGAAAUCCAAUCCCAAGCUUCAUCACAUUUGCGCGUGCACUAUGAUCUUUAACGGUGCCAAGUUUCUGAAAGAGUGGGUGCACUACAACCACCACCUGGGUGUGGAGAAAUUCUACCUCUACGACAACAACAGCGAAGACAACCUCGACGAAGUGAUCGAAGGCUUGAGGAGCUUCAAUAUAAAGAAGCAACCAUGGCCAUGGGUGAAGACUCAGGAGGCAGGCUUUUCUCACUGCAGCUUGUCUGCGCAAUCGGAGUGCACAUGGAUGUUCUACAUCGAUGUUGACGAGUACUUUUUUCCAAAUCAGCACUUUCUGGAAACCGGAGUGAAAUCCCAAGCCCCCGAUUUGCAACCGACAACAACUUCCUCGUCGAUAAUCGCUUUGUUUAUCAAUGAGGCAGCUGGGAAAAACUCCAAGGUGGGGCAAAUCAGCAUUUUUUGUCAUAACUAUGGGCCCUCUGGCUUCACAGCUUCCCCUCCGCAGGGCAUCACGCAGGGAUACACUUGCCGAAUAAAAAAACCCGAACGGCACAAAUCGCUUGUGCUAUUGGAUUCAGUGGCGACGAACUUGUCGAAUGUAAUCCAUCACUUUACCUUGCAAGAUGGUUACGAGACGAAGCUGAUGUCUACUGAUGUGGCUGUUAUCAACCACUACAAAUAUCAGGCAUGGGACGAAUUCAAGGUGAAGUUUCGCCGUCGUGCUGCGACGUACGUCGCGGACUGGACGGAGAAUCGUAACUGGGCCUCCAAGGAUCGCGUGUUGGACUUGGGGACGAAGGCCGUGAAGCCUCACGAUUGGGAGAGUCGAUACUGCGAAGAGCGGGAUUACGGGCUGCGGGACUACGUUAGGCAUGUGUUUGGGUCUUACGAUGACAACCAAACUUUGCGUCUGACUUGGGAGUAAUUAGAGUUUGAAGAAAAAAGCCAACAAUCCACAAUGCAUCUCAAACAUAUGAAACAUGUCGGAGAAGAAGACAUAAUUGCACCUCGAAAGCAGAUUUCAGUAUUGCGAGCAAGACAGCUACAUUUCGAGCACUUCAUGGUGCCUCGAGGACUUGGCAGAGAGCUUUGGAUUUUAAGAAAGACUGUGCAACACAACCAAUUUUUUGGAUACGGAUCAAUGUAAAAGCCAGGAAAGCAACUAUUUUUAAAUCUUCAUGUUGAUGAUAUCUUGGUGAAGGAGGAUCCCAUUUUCGGUAGACUAUUUAAUGCUGUAUUCGCAUCGGGAAAGCUGACCCUAAUACUACGGUUGCUGUGUACACACACACCAAUCACCGAAAUCGCGACAACUGCAACAUAUUCCUACUGGUGUUGAGUUUCUCGGAAAUUGGCUUUUCAGCUAGAGAGAGAAAAGGCAGAAACUCUUCUGGCACUAAUUCCACACUCAGUCAGGGAUGUGAGUGGUUUCCUAUCCAGAAUCUUUGGCUACUCUGUGGCUACUCUGUGGACUAUAUUUGCUAGUGUGCUCUGGAUGGGGCACUUCCAUUGUAUAACGAAGCCUGUGAAUGGGAUUUACAUCAGAGUUGAUCUCGUGAGAAUCUAGAAAAUCUGGAGAAGAUCUAUUAGAUUGCCCUCUAGAUUGUAGAAGCGGUGAAUAAAGAAGACCAGGUGGCAUGACAACUCGGAUACGAAAUCUGUUGUUCUAAUUUGAGUAUCUGAAAUGGAGUAUUUUGAAUCUUAAGAUA